AUGAUUCCAACAUGCUCUAAUGCAUAUGAUUACAAUAAUUUCAAAUCUAAUAAUGGGUAUCCAUAAAUAUAAACACAUCACAUUUCUCCAAUAAAGAAUAUAUUGGCACCAAGUAGGUAGGAAAUAUUAAUAGAUAUUCUAUAAAGCAAAUUUAAUGGAUUUAUUAAAGAAGUCGAAUUAGCUAAAUAAAAGAUUAUAAAGGUUAUAAAAGAUUGUUCAGAAAAUAACAUAUUUACUAUAUAAGAUAAACCAAUUAAUUUUGAUGAUUAUAUGAAUUUUAUAGAAAGCAAUACUAAGAAUUAUCUAAAUGAAAUUAAAAACCAUCAUAAACUUACAAUAAAUUUGAUAACAUAAGAAAGUUCAGAAAUAACACAUUAAUCAUCUUCAUUUGAUAUGUAACAAAUGUGUGAUAAAUGCUAAGUUAUGGUUGAGAAAGACUUAAUAUAAUUGGAUUGCUUUCAUUGCUAUCAUUAAAAAUGUGUAGGAGAUUACAUUAAGAUAUAAAUUAGUAAUAAUUGCAAAACCUUAAGAUGCCUAAAUUGUUAAUAAAAAAUUAAAACUUCAAUACUAAGAAAAUUUGUACCCUUUUAGUUAAUAGAUAAAAUGUUUAAGGAAUAAUUGAAAUCUAUAAAAAACAGUUUCUUACCUAAUCAAAUUUUCAGUUGUAAAAAGCCUGGGUGUAAUUACUUUUGUAUUCGAAAUCAUGGUGUGAAAGGAUUAAUUAGAUGUCAGAUUUGUGAAAGCCUUAUAAAUAACUGA